UUCAAGACAAAUAAAUUUAGGUGAUCCUCAAAGUCAAUUAAGUGCCCUUCCGUUUGUCCUCCGUUGAAUGUUCAGCUUGUUAGUUGUUAUUACCAGCGGCUGUUGGGUUUGGUCUUAUCUUGGACUUUCAAAGAAGCUUCACACAAUUAUUGCUUUUGUAGUAAAAUCAGAGCCCUGAGUCGUCAUCUUCGUUCCAGCAUGGCUCAGAAUCCUGUUAAUGGAGCCAAAUCAAACAACCAUCUCCUUCAUGUUGUUUCAUCCUCUUCGGGUUCCUCCGAUUCAGAUGGGAACUCCCCAUAUGGGAAUGAAAACAUCGAUUUUUCAUAUGCUGUGUUGAACUUCAUAAAUGAUGUGCUUAUGGAAGAAGAUGUGGAGGGCAGGCCCUGCAUGUUGCAGGAUUGUUUAGCUCUCCAAGCUAAGGAGAAAGCUUUCUAUGAUGUUCUAACUCAGAAUUACGAUCAGCAAGAGAACGUGGCGAUACAAACUGAAUCACAGAAGAAAGUCUGGAAGCACACACUGAACACAUCGUGGGGGAAUGAAUGUUCGGAAGAAAUGAGGAAAAACAAGCAUUUGGCAAUGGCUGCUGAAGAUUCAUACGAUGAACACAUGUUCGACGAGGUUUUCCUUGUUAAGACAGAGAAUGGUGUGCCCUUGUCGUCAUGUCCUCUUUAUGAAGCAUCACAGAAUAGAGCAGCCAACACUAGAAGACCACCUGCAAAGAAACAAGCUGGUAAUGAAAAGGAAAUGGUAGAUUUGUGGAGUCUGCUAAGCCAAUGCGCACAAGCUGUUGCCGUUUAUGACCAAAGAAGUGCAACCGAGCUACUCGGUAAGAUCAGGCACUACUCUUCUCCUUACGGUGAUGGAACCGAGAGGUUGGCUUAUUACUUUGCAAAGGGUCUCGAAAUACGCUUAAGUGGCACCAGGGCACCUCUAUUUACCCCCAUUUCAACCAAUGCCACAUUGGCUGCUGACGUCUUGAAAGCACACAUUUUAUAUGUUUCAGUUUGCCCUUUCAAAAGGAUAUCGAAUUUGUUUUCCAAUCGAAACAUUGCAAAGCUAGCAGAGAAGGCAACAACAAUCCAUAUUAUUGAUUUCGGCAUUGGCUACGGUUUUCAAUGGCCUUGCCUUAUCCAGCGCCUCUCAACAAGGACCAGUGGACCACCUAAGCUUCGCAUCACGGGGAUCGACUUCCCCCAACCCGGUUUCCGGCCUGCAGAAAGAAUCGAAGUGACGGGUCGUCGUUUAAGAAGAUGUUGUGAGAAUGUUGGCAUGCCGUUCGAGUUCAAUGCCAUAGCAAAAAGAUGGGAAACCAUCCGAGCCGAGGAGCUAAAGAUCGAGAGAGACGAGUUGAUCGUUGUUAACUGUAUGUACAGGCUAAGGAAUCUCCCCGAUGAUUCGGUCAUGUUAAACAGUCCAAGGAACAUGGUGUUGAAGUUGAUAAAGAAAAUCAAUCCGGAUCUUUUCAUCCACGGAGUUGUUAAUGGUAAUUACAAUGUCACAUUCUUUAACAAUCGGUUUAAAGAGGCGUUCUACCACUUCUCGGCAAUGUUCGACAUACUGGAAGCCAAUGUAGGCGGUGAAGAUCCAGAUAGAUUGCUAGUUGAAAGAGAAAUGUUUGGAAGGGACGCCAUUAACGUCAUCACAUGUGAAGGGACGGAGAGAAUCGAUAGACCAGAAACAUACAAGCAAUGGCAGCUGAGGAACAAGAAAGCUGGUUUCAGACAGCUUCCAUUAGAGCAGAGGAUAUUGAAAAGAGCAAGAACGGUGUUGAAAUCAGACUACCAUAAGGAUUUUGAUAUUGAAGUGGAUGGACGAUGGAUGCUUCAAGGAUGGAAAGGGAGAGUAAUCCAUGCACUUUCUUGCUGGAAACCGGUCCAGGACUAAUCUGCUUUAUUUCUUCUAUUUCACUAAUAUAGAUGACAUUUCUGUAUUGCCAAUGAAAUCUAUGACAUCGAAGUAAAAUAGUU